GAUCUUCGGCGCCUGCGCGAACCUCGCGGCCCCAGAACUAGUUUUGUUCCGGGAGCCUCUUGCGGGUGAGGGAGCUGCUGAGGUCUCCAGGGCCGGACGCGAUUCUGAGCCAGAGUGGAGGGAGUGCGCGGAGGAGAGCCUGGGACCCACAGAAGCCAGGAAGAGAGCGUGCGAGCGUGAACGCGCCGAGGGCAAGGCCACGGCCAUGGCCGGCAACAGCCUGUCGUACAAUGAUCAGCUCGCCGGCGGCGAGGCCCCCGAGCUCGGCCAGGAGGCCACCCCCGCCACGUCCCCCGCAGGCGCCUUCGGCCUCUUCAGCAGCGACUUGAAAAAAAAUGAAGAUCUGAAGCAAAUGUUGGAAAGCAACAAAGAUUCUGCCAAACUGGAUGCUAUGAAACGAAUAGUUGGGAUGAUUGCAAAGGGGAAAAAUGCCUCUGAACUGUUUCCUGCUGUUGUGAAGAAUGUGGCCAGUAAGAAUAUUGAGAUCAAAAAGCUGGUCUACGUUUACCUAGUACGAUAUGCAGAGGAACAACAGGAUCUGGCUCUCUUGUCCAUCAGCACUUUUCAACGAGCUCUAAAAGAUCCUAAUCAACUAAUUCGUGCAAGUGCUUUGAGAGUCCUUUCCAGUAUCCGGGUUCCAAUUAUUGUUCCUAUCAUGAUGCUUGCUAUUAAAGAAGCUUCUGCUGACUUAUCACCAUAUGUUAGAAAAAAUGCUGCCCAUGCUAUACAAAAAUUAUACAGCCUUGAUCCUGAGCAAAAAGAAAUGUUAAUUGAAGUAAUUGAAAAACUUCUGAAAGAUAAAAGCACACUGGUAGCUGGGAGUGUUGUGAUGGCUUUUGAAGAAGUGUGCCCAGAUAGAAUAGAUCUGAUUCACAGAAACUACCGCAAGCUGUGUAAUUUGCUUGUUGAUGUUGAAGAGUGGGGGCAGGUUGUCAUAAUCCACAUGCUAACUCGAUAUGCACGUACACAGUUUGUGAGUCCUUGGAAAGAGGAUGACAACCUAGAAGAGAACAGUGAAAAGAAUUUCUAUGAAUCAGAUGAUGAACAAAAAGAAAAGAUUGACAAAAUUAAGAAAUCAUAUGCUAUGGAUCCAGACCAUCGACUUCUUAUUAGAAAUACAAAACCUUUGCUACAAAGUAGGAAUGGUGCGGUGGUGAUGGCAGUUGCUCAACUUUAUUGGCACUUAUCACCGAAAUCUGAAGCUGGUAUUAUUUCAAAAUCUUUAGUACGUUUACUUCGUAGUAACAGGGAGGUGCAGUACAUUGUUCUACAAAAUAUAGCAACAAUGUCAAUUCAGAGAAAGGGCAUGUUUGAACCUUAUCUGAAGAGUUUUUAUGUUAGGUCAACUGAUCCAACAAUGAUCAAGACACUAAAGCUUGAAAUAUUGACAAAUUUGGCAAAUGAAGCAAACAUAUCUACACUCCUUCGAGAAUUUCAGACCUAUGUGAAAAGUCAAGAUAAGCAGUUUGCUGCAGCUACUAUCCAGGCUAUAGGCAGAUGUGCAACCAACAUCUCAGAAGUAACCGAUACAUGCCUUAAUGGUUUGGUUUGUUUGCUGUCCAACAGGGAUGAAAUAGUAGUUGCAGAAAGUGUGGUCGUCAUUAAGAAAUUACUACAAAUGCAGCCAGCACAGCAUGGUGAGAUUAUCAAGCAUAUGGCAAAGCUCUUGGACAGUAUUACUGUUCCUGUGGCUAGAGCAAGUAUUCUUUGGCUGAUAGGAGAGAAUUGUGAACGUGUUCCUAAAAUUGCUCCUGAUGUCUUGAGAAAGAUGGCUAAAAGCUUCACUGGUGAAGAUGAUCUUGUAAAACUACAGAUUUUAAAUCUAGGAGCCAAACUAUAUUUAACCAACUCAAAGCAGACAAAAUUGCUUACCCAGUACAUAUUAAACCUCGGCAAGUAUGAUCAAAACUACGACAUCAGAGACCGUACAAGAUUUAUUAGGCAGCUUAUCGUUCCGAACGAGAAGAGUGGAGCCUUAAGUAAAUAUGCCAAAAAAAUAUUUUUGGCACAAAAGCCUGCCCCCUUGCUUGAAUCGCCUUUCAAAGACAGGGAUCAUUUCCAGCUUGGGACCUUAUCCCAUACUCUGAACAUUAAAGCCUCUGGGUACCUGGAGUUAUCUAAUUGGCCAGAGGUGGCGCCUGACCCAUCAGUUCGAAAUGUAGAGGUGAUUGAGUCGGCAAAGGAAUGGACAUCAGUAUCUGGAAAAGCAAAGAAAGUGAAACCUGAUGAAAAGUUUUAUUCAGAGUCUGAAGAGGAUGCUUCUGAUGAUAGCAGUGACAGUGAGAGUGAGACUGGAAGUGAAAGUGAUGAUGAAGAAAAUGAAGAAGCUGGUAGUGAUGAGAGUAGUGAAUACUCUUCUGAUGAGAGUGACAGUGAAUCAGACAACAAAAAUCAAUUAGCCAAGUGCAAAUCUAAAACAACAGAAGAAAGUGAUCCUGAUGAGAAGACAAACUCCAAAUUGCAAUCAUCUGAUGCUUCUGAUUCUGAAUCUAGUUCAAUAGAGGAAAGUUCUUCAGACUCUGAAUCAGACACAGAAAGUGACUAUGAAUCCAAAAAAAUAAGUCAGAAAGAAGAGAAGAAAACUUGGCCAGAAAGAAAACCUAAUAAAAAAGAUGUUUCUCUUCUAGACCUAGAUGAUUUUAACCAAGUAUCCACACCAGUAGCAGUUCUCACACCAGCUAUUUCUCCAGGCUUAAUAGCUGACCUGGAGGGUUUAAACUUGUCAGCUUCUUCCUCUGUCAUCAAUGUCAGUACUCCAAUAUUUGUGCCAAUGAAGACUCAUGAGCUGCUUCAUCGAAUGAGUGGCAAAGGAUUGGCUGCCAGCUAUCACUUUCCAAGACAGCCUUGCAUUUUUUGUGAUAAAAUGGUCUCAGUUCAAGUGACAUUAAAUAAUACCACUGAUCAGAAGAUUGAGAAUAUCCACCUCUCUGAUCAGAAGCUGCCUUCAGGCAUGAGGAUGCAUAUGUUUAGCCCUAUAGAAUCUCUUGAGCCUGGGGGAUCCAUUACUGUUGCAAUGGGUAUUGACUUUUGUGAUUCCACUCAGACUGCCUGUUUCCAGCUGUGUACAAAGGACGAUUGCUUCAAUGUUAAUAUACAGCCACCUGUUGGAGAGCUUCUUUUACCUGUGGCCAUGUCAGAAAAAGAUUUUAGGAGAGAGCAAGGACCUUAAGGUUCUUUUCCCUUCAAAAUUUAUUUCUGGCUCCAAUAUGAAAACUCCUUCAUUGCCUUCUGGAAUAACUGUAUAAAAGAAAUGCUAUAUUUUAGAAUUUUAUCUUCACCAAUACAAUUAUAAAUAGCCACUUAGAUAUAAAAUAUUUUCGAAUACUUCAUGUCUGGAGUGCUUAUCUCAAAGUCAAACACAGCUGCUAAUUGGACUGAACUUUGCCUUUUAUGAAUAAUGGAAUACAGUUUGGGUAGCCUUAAGAACAUACUGAUUAUGUAGCAUGGCAAAAUCAUUAGACCUCUGAGUCAGGAGUCCUGACGCCCGACGUGUGACUCUGGGCAAGACUCAACUUCUCAGGCAGCUUUCUCCUAGACCACUUUCUAAGGCUCUGAGUUGUUCAACAGUUGCUGACUGGUCAAGGGAGUCUCCUCACUUGGAGUUGCAUAAAUGAAUGAAUCACACAUUUGGAUUUCUUCCUCCCGCCAAAAAAUAAAUUAUUAUAAAAUUCUACCUGUUUGGGACAUAUUUAAAUGCUACAGAAGUGGCUUUAAGCCUUUCUACGUGUUUCAGUGUCUUCUCUCUAGUAAACUGACAGCCUAAAAUCUCGUGGUGUCAAUGUUACCAAGUAUCAUCUGCCAGGUUUUCAGAAUGUGUGUGGUUUGGGGCAGAAUCGAACCAGAAUAGAACGUACAAAGUUAUGGUCCUCUUAUCAGAGGAAGGAAAGAAACACUUCUCUGUACUCCCCAGUGAAGUAAAGUCGAUAUUUGCCUUUUGUUUCUUUGCUUCUGGCGCGUCCUGGGGACGAUUCAAGGUUGUUGUAAAGAAAAGGACACGAGGGUAAUCCCAUGUCCAGUCAUAAAAUGUGUAGUCACGUGGGGGUCUGUAUUCAUUCCCAGGGUUUGUUUACUUUUUCUUUUCCCCUAUAUAACAAUCCAAUGCAUCUCCACAUUUGUUUUCUCAGAAGUUGAUCAUUGCCAUAGAAAAAAAUUAGCUGUGUGUGAUUUUUUUUCUUAUUGACAAAUCAAAUUGAUUCUUAUAUUUGCUGUUCUUACCCUUUGCUGGCUAAAGCCUGCCUCACUGCUUUACACCUGCCCAGCCAUCCAAGGUGAGUGACAUGAGUGCCUGAAUGAGGAUUUGCCACAGUUAUCUUGAAGCGUAUUCCUCUUUUGGAAAUCGUAGCUAACGUAUAAAUAAAGCAGCAGGUUAUUGUACACUCUUUUGGCCCUCCUCUAUUUUCCCUACUACUUGAUAUUUUGAUCGAAUCUUUUUUGUGCUUUGCAGUGACUGAGGAUUUGUUGUUUUGUUUUGGUUUGGGUUUUUUUAUAUUUUUCUCCUGACCGGCCAUACAAAACCAUGAGAGCAUGGAAGAGGUGCACUUGGAGAAUAGCUGUGGUUCUCUGUGGAGUUGUUGCCAAAAUUCCUUUUUCUUCUGCCAUUUUACUUCUAUGGUUGUUGAUUAUUUGUCUGAAUAAAUCUGGCAGCUGUUUGCUAUGUUUAAUAGAGCAGAAAGGCUACUCUGAAUAAAGCUAUUUGAAAAUUUGUUUAUAUGAAGUAUUUGUAAAUCCAUGAAGGUCUCUUGGCAUUUCUGUAUCGCUCUUUCUGUCUUCCUGAAUUCAUUCUUUGAUGCAGGACUUGAUGCUGGCAAAUUUACCACACAUUUAAAGAGCCUUUUCUAUAGCACCUUUCUAGUUAGAGAUUUCAGCUGUUUUACAACAGCCUUCGUAUUAGAAGUCUCAAUUCUCAACUUUACACAUGUAUUUGUUUGUUACACAAUUCUAGGAACAACUUAGCUUAUUUCAGAGAAGCAUUCCAAAUUUGACUCUUAAGUGAAAAUCUAAAAUAAAAAUACAUUUACUCAGAUUUCAUCAGUGCAGCAUUCUCUAAGGUAAAAUGCAAGUUUACCUUCUCUUCUUUAAAUGAAAGUAAUUUAUAUACUUAGUAGCUGUUUGGGAAAGUUUUUAAAAAAUAUUUUGUAACUGAAAACUUUAAAAUGUGUUACUUCUGAUUCAAGUAGGAAAAAAUAUAAAUUUUUAAAACCUAGGGAAUGUAUCGCUAUUUUUAUGCCUUUAAGAGACUAUUCCUUUAAUGUGACUCUAAAAAUCAGUUUUGUAAUGAAUUGAAAGGUUUAUGUAAGAUUAAUUGAAAAUAUUUCACAUGAACUGCCCAGUGCUAUAUGUAAGAAAACAAAAAAUUUUAUCAUCUUUUUCAAAUCAUUGUUUUGAAGUUUUAUGGAUGGGUGAUUGAAUAUGCCUGUUUUAGGAAUGUUUGUAUGGAAAUAUAAUACAAUGGGUAGGUGAUUUUGGUUUUUGGUUUUCUCAUCCAUUAUGAAGUUGACCAUACUAUCUAUGUUUCCAGUAUUCAAGCAGAGCAUAAUUCAUUCACUUACGGUGGAGUCUUGGGCAGGUACUACAUUCAUGUUCUAACUAUGACGUGGUAUACUACAUACUAUGGAUGAUUCAAAGAUCUUUUUAUUAGUAUAUGCAUGUGGGUGUGUAUAUCUGUCUACCUAUAGAUCCAUACAUCUAUAUGCCACACAUAUAUAUAUUUUUUUAAUGCCUUGAAACUAUCUCAGGCAUUUUGUCCUGUCACCAAUUCCCUGUUCACUUUCUCUACUUAAAAUAAAUUGGCACUGUAAAGCUUUAAAAAAA